AUGGAUACCAACACUCAACUCCAAGCAGGCGCUUUGAUCGUCAGAGAGACAAGCUCCAGUCUGCAAGAGUUCAAGCUCUAUCACUACAAUCCUACUAUCGGCGGGGCUGUCGUUUUUGUCGUGCUUUUCUUGGGUUCAACCGGCUUCCAUACGUACCAAUCAUUUCGGACUCGGUGUUGGUUCGUCAUUCCCUUUAUAAUUGGUGGUAUUUUUGAGUUUAUUGGCUAUGCUGCCCGUUGUGCAUCCGGCAAAGAAUCACCAAACUGGACUCUAGGGCCGUACAUCAUCCAGUCUCUACUCCUUCUCGUUGCACCUGCUCUCUUUGCCGCGACAAUCUAUAUGGAGCUAGGGAGAAUCAUCUCUCUUGUGGAUGGCGAGUCUCAUUGCCUUAUUCGAAAAACAUGGUUGACCAAAAUCUUUGUUUCCGGAGACCUUCUUUCCUUUCUUCUUCAAGGCGGCGGUGGCGGUUAUCAGUCAUCAGGUACUGCUUCUGCUCUAGAGACCGGAGCACACAUCAUCAUUGCCGGGCUCUUUGUUCAGCUUGCCUUCUUCGGGUUCUUCAUUUUGGUCGCUGUCAAAUUCCACCUAUCCAUUAGACGCGUGCCUACGAUCCGUCUACCCAACGAGCUCUCAUGGGAGAAACACAUGAACGCCCUCUAUAUCGCUAGUGUCCUCAUUAUGGUGAGAUCUAUUUUCAGGCUGGUAGAGUAUCUCCAGGGCUUCAACGGGUAUCUGCUUUACCACGAAGCAUAUUUGUACAUUUUCGACGCGCUGCUCAUGUUCUUGGUCAUGGUUUUGUUGAAUGUGGUGCAUCCGAGUGAAUUGGCAGCAUCAAUGAAGUACAAAACCGCGACGGAUCAUGAAUUCAAUUUAAGAGUGUUUCCCGAACGCCAUCAAAGACUUGGGCCAGACAUGAGUUAG